AUGACAAGAUCCGAAUUCACAACAAUGAGUUUCCCAGAGCCAUUUGUCAUUGGUCUUGACUUUGGCUCCGAUUCGGCGCGGGCUGUUCUUGUUCGGGUAUGCGAUGGAAAGGAGGUUGCUGUGGCUGUGGAGCCGUAUCGCCGUUGGAGCGAUGGCAAAUACUGCGAUCCAUCAAAAAACCAAUAUCGUCAUCAUCCUUUGGAUUAUAUUGAGGCCUUGGAAAUUGUUGUUUCUCGGGUCUUGGACCAAGGACCACCUGAGGUAAGAAAUCAUGUUGUGGGGAUGGCAUGCGAUACCACAGGCAGCACACCAUGUUUUGUGGAUGAAAAAGGUGCUCCACUGGCCCUUCAGGAAUUGCUUUCAGAGAACCCGAACGCAAUGUUUAUUCUUUGGAAGGAUCACACUUCGGUAAAUGAGGCAAUGGCAAUAAAUGAUUUGUGCAAGAAAUCUUUGGUGGAUUACACAAUGUACUCGGGGGGGACUUAUUCUUCAGAGUGGUUCUGGUCCAAGGCUCUGCACGUGCUCCACCAUGACAAAGCUGUUCGGGAAAAGGGCUACGCCUUGUUGGAGUUAUGUGAAUGGAUUCCUGCACUUUUAACAGGGGUUUCUUCUUAUGCUGAAGUGGUAAGAAGUCG